AUUAAUGUAACAACUUCCAACCUGAUUUGCUUACCACUUUUUAUAGCCCUCAACCUGUCGAGGCUUCUCUAUUUCAUUUAACCCAAAUAAAAAAGUGGCAGAGGUGGAAGGUUGGCCAACAAGCACCAAGUUGAUAUGGAUGAGAUGACACCAUUGAAGCCCAAUGACAUGAGUGGUGGGGAUAGGGGGUUGCCCGACAAGCACCCGAUAGACAUUGAUCGUGAUUGUGAUGUUGCGUGGAUCAAGGAAUUUAGAAGCUCAGUGAACAAGCAACGUGGAAGAAGACCAGGCAAGAAGCCAUGCACCAUAUUCAAGAUCCAGGAUAGCAUCUGUCUACGCAAUGAAGAUGCCUAUCGUCCUCUCCUCAUCUCCAUUGGUCCUUAUUACCACAAACGCUUGCCUACAAGUAACAACUAUGUGAUCACCUUGGAAAACCAAAAGUGGUUAUGCUUGCGUCAUUUGCUCUUCAGGAACCGGAUCAGGGGCAAUGCCACUGAGUUGCUAGAGAAAUGUUUGAUAGCAAUGAAGAAAUUGGGUGAUGAAAUCAGGAGCUGCUAUUCCCAUGAAUUGGAUAACUUAACUGAUGAUCACAGCUUAGCUCAAGUCAUGCUGCUUGAUGGUUGUUUCAUACUGCAGCUAAUUUUAUUAUUUGGGGAAAAGACACCUGCAAACAAAAAGGAUGAUAAAGAGGAUGAAGUUGGUGAAGCCAGAGAGAUGCUGUCACCACUCCACACAGAAGAAGAGGAGUUUCAAUUGCCACCACUAGGCAUGCUUUGGACAUGGAACAUUCUGCGGUUUGAUUUGUUAAAACUUGAGAAUCAGAUCCCCUUCUUUGUCUUAACCACACUCUUUGAUCUGUUCAUUGCUCCAAGUGAUGAACGUCCCAAUUUGGUUGACCUUGUGUUUAAGCUCUUUAGUGAUAUACAUCCAUCCGAUCCCAAAUCUCAAGACUCCCUUGAAUUACUAGAAGCCACUAAAGUUCAUCACUUGCUUCACCUAUUUCAUUCAACUCUUGUUCCUUCCAAGAUUAACAGUCCACUUAGCAUCAAACGAGCCAUAAAGGCACCUAAAUGGAUCCCAAAUGCUACUGAGCUCCGGCAGGCAGGAGUCAAGUUUGUCAAGAAGGAGAAUGCAAGGAACUUCUUGGACAUAUCAUACAACAAUGGCACUAUGGAAAUCCCAGAGCUCAGUCUGCAUGAUCACACUGAUACUUUAUUCAGAAAUAUGAUAGCAUUUGAGCAAUGCUACCCUGGCGUUGAGAACCAGGUCUCCUUGUAUGCUAUUUUCAUGGAUUGCAUCAUUGAUACUCCGAAUGAUGCGCACUUGCUCCAUUUGAAAGGAAUUCUUUCCAAUAGACUCAGCACUGAUGAAGCUGCUGCAGAGCUUUUCAACAAGUUGAGCUACCAGAUUUAUUAUGUUUUACAAGGGGAAUAUCUUCAUGAAUUUUGUGAUGCUGUAAAUAGCUUUCAUAAGAAGAAAAGGAACCGAUGGCGGGCUAAAUUGAUGCGGGACUAUUUCAGCAAUCCUUGGGCGAUUAUAUCAUUGAUAACUGCUGUGGUGUUUCUCUUGCUCACCUUAGAGCAGUCAUCUUUUAAUGUUCUUUCUUAUUUUCACCAAACAUGAUUAGACGUUAUAUGGAUUGGUUUUAUUUUUAUUUUUGUUUUGGGUAUUAUUUUUAUUGGUAUGUAUUACAUUUGUUUGAGUGUGUGUUUUUUUCCAAAUAAAAAGGUGUUCUAGUUGUUCUUUUAUAGUAA